AUGCACCUUCUGAGUGAAAAGCGGAUAUUCCAGACAGUGAGUAAUAGGCGGCACCCAUUCCUUAUGAACUUGUUUGGGUGUUUCCACACUCGAGAUCACGCCUGCUUUGUUAUGGAGUAUGCAGCAGGGGGCGACCUUCUUACAUGCCUUGAUAACAACUACGGCCCAUUUUCAGAACCCAGAGCAGUAUUUUAUUCUGCAUGUGUCGUCCUUGGACUUGAGUAUUUACACGAACAAAACAUCAUCCACAGAGAUCUGAAGCUCGAAAACAUUGUUCUGGAUGAGAGAGGAUUUGCGAAGAUAACUGACUAUGGUCUCUCUAAAGAAGGAAUUGGAUACGGAGAUAGAACAAACAGCAUUUGUGGAACUCCUAAUUACCUGGCUCCUGAAAUGGCCAAGCGCAAGACAUAUACAAGAUCUGUGGACUGGUGGAGCUUCGGAGUGGUUAUUUAUGUAAUGUUAACUGGAAACUUACCCUUCGAAGGCCGUGAUGUUGAGACGCUUUAUGCUAAAAUUGCAAAAUGUAAACUGAAAAUUCCAGAGUCAUUGUCUAGUGAAGCCACUUCAAUACUGAGUAAGUUACUUACUAAAAAACAUGAGAAACGUCUAGGAUCCAGUGAGAAAGAUGCAGAGGAAGUGAAGGACCAUCCUUACUUUCAACAUAUAGAUUGGAACGCAUUAUUAUUACAAAAUGUGACACCUCCAUUUGUGCCAACCAUCAACGGAGCCGAAGAUGUCAGCAACUUUGAUGCAAUAUUCACCUCGGAAGCGCCUAUUAUAACUCCGCCAGCAAGACGAAGAGUUCCACCGUUAAUGGAGAAGAAGACAUUUGAGGAUUUUUGUUGGAGGGCAGAUUGGAGUUAA